CCAGAUCAAAGCCCGUAGCUUCAUUCUUCUUAUACGCACCACGAGUCCCCUCUUUGGGGUUUGACCGUCAUAUCUUCAUCCCUCCUUUCCUCCAAAGUCCAGACUCAUUGUCAAGUCGUCAAGCUUCAUCGUGACUUUCAACAUCGCAGACGUUAUUACCUAGACCGAAUCUCUCCUAUACCUAUAUUCUCAUAAUCGCAGUGAUAUCAUGGCUUCCGGACUCUCGGCCACGCCGCUCAAGAAGAUCAACUUGGUGCGCAUCGCCCAUGUGUAUUAUAAGCACAAGAACAUCAACGAAGCCAAGAAAUUUGCCCAAGACUUCGGUUUCGCGCAGACUGCCGAGGUUGGCAAGAAGACAUACUACCGCGGUUAUGGCACCGAGCCCUUCGUUAUUUGCCUCGAGGCAUCGAAUGAGGACGAGUUUGGUGGCGCAGCCUUCGUCGUUGAAUCCAUGGAGGACCUGAUGCAAGCGGCCAAGACACUUCCUAACGAAUGCAAAGCCACUGAGAUAUACGACCUUUCAGAUGCCCCUGGUGGUGGAAAAUGUGUCACAUUUUAUGACCCUGUCGACGGAUUCCCCUUCCAUCUUGUCUACGGCCAAACGCCGGUGGAGGCGCGAGAUGUUGACUUCCCCAUUGUGCGGUUCAACUUUCCUAAGGAGAAGAAUCGCGGAGCCAACGAGUUCCAACGCUUCAAGAAGCGACCAGCACCAGUGCAUAAGCUGGGCCACUUUGGCGUGUGUGUAACCGACUUUGCCAAGUGCUACGACUUCUACACCAAAUACUUCAACUUCUUCCCUAGUGAGCUUGUCCACAACGAUGAAGGUGUCAACAAGACUGUCUUUUUCAGACUCAACCGCGGAAAUGACCUUGUGGACCACCACUGCUUCUUCUUCUUUGAAGGUCCCAAGAUGCACGUCCACCACUCGUCCUUCGAGACGCACGACUUUGAUACUCAGGUGCUCGGUCACGACUGGCUCCGCCAUCAAGGUUACAAGAACUGUUGGGGUGUUGGACGACACGUGAUGGGCAGCCAGAUCUUUGAUUACUGGUUCGACCCAUCCGGCUUUAUUCUCGAACACUAUGUGGAUGGUGAUCUCCUCGAUAUGAGAGAGCCCACACAUAACACAAAGGCAGCUCCAGAUAACCUGCACGUUUGGGGCCCCGAGGUCCCAGCCACUUUCCUGCAGUGAGCCCUUGGAUUCGUAUAGGCGAGCGAUAUCUUACUAAGGCCCCUCGACGGUGUUUAUAAAGUACACGAGUCGAAGCUCCCAAGCCUCUUAAAGUGUCAACUAAUAUAUAAUGGACGCUUUUGUCAAACAUCAUGCAUUUGAGAUACUUUGUAUAGGUCCCCA